AAUGGCGUAUGAAUGAGGAGCUGCAAUGGUUGAUAGACUGACAUUGGCAAUUGUGGUGCAGAGGCUGGUUCUCCUCUGGAUAGGGCCAGCCUGUGAGGCCUCCUCCCUGGGGCUCACAGUUCAUGUUGUGCCCCUACAAAGCGAUGGAGGGCAAUCGGUGAGAGCUCAUUUCACCGUAAUUGUAUCCAAUCCAUGCCCGCCAUUAACCGGACUGUGUACUGAAGGGAUCAACUGCACCCUUCACAGAGCCUACUCCCCCUUCAGUGGUGCGAAACCUGGCUCAGGCUGGUGCGUUCGCCAGUGGGAGCAGGUGGUCCCCAGUCACUACAAUAGCUCAGUCAGCUUGAACUCCUGGACCACCAUGUAUGUAUCACUGAAGGCAGGGCCACAUAUUCGCGUAAACUCUGGGAAACUCAAUCAUCCCGCCUAUGUUGCACUACCUCCCCCAAUAAGGGCCCGUGAGAACUGCCCUCACCACAUACAGCUGUCAGUGAAAGACCUGGAUGGAGACAGGGUACGAUGCCGCUUUGCUGUGGAAGAACAAGGGGAGUGUCUCAACUGUACUCCGCACUCUUUUCUUGAGCUGGACAAGGAUGCAUGUGCUUUGACGUUUACUGGAAGCGCAACAGUUGGCCAGUAUUUCAUCUACAUCAUGGCAGAGGACUACAUUCCUACCCCCAAAGUGAGCCAAACCAGUGAGAGCCAACCCCUGAGCUCCAUUCCGGUGCACCUGUCCCUCACUGUGGAGCAGUCAUCCUCCAGCUGUUCAGAUGAGCCUGUGACAACAGGAAAGACCCCAAGAAAACAUGCAACAUUUUAUGUCCUGCCAUUUGAUGAAGUGAAGUUUGAGGCUGACUUCAUAUCCCAAAAAGAGAGUGUUUCCGAAAUAGCAGUUGUCGGCCAGCCUGGGCUCAUCAAGUAUGGCUUCUUUUCAAUCGGUGCCAUGUCGCAACUUUCCAUGUCCUGGGUCCGUGGGGAAAACACUCUCUGCCCUGUUCUUCCUAUCUGCUUUGUCGCCAAUUCUGUGAGUUUGCAGUCUGACCCUCACUGUGUGUGGCUCUUCCAAAGAGAAACGAGGAUCCUUCCUGAUGGAACAGAGCUGAUUUGUAAUAAGACAGAGAUGACAUUGGUGCUUCCUGUUGGCUCACUGAGCAAAAUCAACCUGACUGAGUUGCAGCUCAACAGCCCUGCUUGUCCCAUCACCUUCAACGACACUCAUCUCACUGCACGCAUUGCUUUAAAUGGCUGCGGCACCAAAACUGUGCAUGCUGAUAGAGAACUGGUCUACACUAACACCUUGAAAAGUGUGCGUCCUUUCUCUAUGAUCAGCCGUCAGCCCUCUUUCAUCCUCCCGCUGGCCUGCCGCAUCCCUGCAGUCCAAGCCAGAGACCCUGAUUUCAUCAUCACCGUGCCCACAACAGCCUUUGAUAAUGCUGAUGUUAGGCUAGAAUUUCACUUGCCAGGGGAAGGGCCGAUGGCAACAUACACAAGCAAUCCACAAUUCACCAGCCUUAAUUUUAUGCCGGGAGGGUUGCAGCAGGAUUCAGCACAAGUGCAUCAAGAGCAACUGGGGUCCAGGAUCAAAGAGCUCGACCUCCAUUUGCUUUCCAACACAACUGUGGAGCGAGCUGAGUUUAGUAUCAAACUCUGUGUGCAGUCUGAGACGGAAGACUUUGCUGAAAGCCAAAUCAUUAUCAUGAACGGAUGCAAAGCCUCCGACACAACAAAAGAGAUUAAAGCAACACGCAAUGCAAGAAUCUUUCGGCUUGAUUUGUCCAACCUCUUUCCAGCACAAAAUACGAUGUACGUUGAGUGUGAGGUGGAUCUGUGCAUCGCAUUUCUUCCCUCUCACCAAUGCGCAACACAGUGCGACCGGGGCUUGUCGAAUGGAGCGGCUCCCAACAUGCUGAACAAGGCCUUCACCGUCAGGUCAGGACCUGUGAGCCUUGUGGUAACCACACCAGCUCUGUCUACAAAUGGUGUCACCAGUGCAGCAGGACAGACUCAAGUUCUUACAACUGCAGCAGUUGAAGAAGUCACCAACACUUCAAGUGCUCCAGAACAAGUCUCCUUCAUGGCAGCGGGCUUGAUCUUUUAUAUUAUCUGCUCAUUUCUUCAACACGUCUUUCUGGAAACAUUCAUGUAGUCUCUGUCUGUCAAAAGGAAAAGUUGUGUAGUCGUAAUGGAGUUGAUUAUGACAAUAGACAUUCAGCCAGUUUUAGUUUUGACAUGCCAUGUCAGACACCACUUUUAACCUUUUAUUCCAAAAUAUUUUUAUUAUUUUAUCCCUGCCAUUAUAAAAGUAAAAAAAGGAUCAAGCAAUGGUAAUAAAUAUUGUAAUUCUAAAUCAAA